AUGCCGCGAGCGAAGUCGAAAGUCGCAAAACCAGCCGCAGCAGAGAAGAAGCGACCCGCCACAAAACGCGCGACUGCGGCAAAGCGCAAAGCUGUCGAAGAGACCGUCGAAGACGCGACAGACGCAGAUGGUGACGAGAUUCAGGAGACACAAGCUCCGAGCCCAGUGCCACGAGCACGCGGCAAUGCGAAGCGGAAAGCGACUGUGCGGCAAGGGAGCAAGGAGGAAAGCGACGAUGAUGAUAUGGAGAUAGAUCAGACUCCAGUGGUUGUACAGUCCAGUCAUGCGCCAGCGCGUGGUCGCAAAGCAGUACCGAAGCCCGUGCACAAAGACGCUGAGCUAGUGACGAAAACGAAGACCGCCGGCAAGCGCAAAGCAGACCUUCAAAACAGAGCCGAUACGCUUGUUGACAGCGAGGACGAUGAUGAGAUGCAGAUGGUCGAAAACCUGGCGCCAAAGAUCACAUCGAGAGCUUUGUCGAGAAACCACCAGACCGAUGCAUUUCGACGACGAGCAGGAAGCGCGUCUGACACCGAGAGAGGCGAUCCCAAUUUGAGACGCAAACUCGGUGAUGUCACUCGCAAGUAUGAAAACAUUGAUCUGAAGUACCGCAACCUGAGAGAAGUUGGCCUGAGUGAGGCGAACGCCAACAUGGAUAAGCUGCGCAAACAAUCCGAGGCAACAACGCAAGCGUCGAACGAGUUGAUUGCUUCCCUAAAGAAGGAGCUAUCCCAGCAGGCGCCACUCGUCCAGGAGAGCCGGAAGCUGAAGAAGCAGGUGCAGACGAAUGAGCUGGAACUAGUCGAGCUUCGCAAGACCAACUCAACGAUCUCGUCAACUCUGACAGCGGCCAACAAUGAGAUCAAAGCACUCCAGGCUAAGCUCAAUGCAAUGAGAAGCUCGUCCGUUGCAGCAGACUCGCUCGCGUCGAAAGUUCCCGGAAGCGCUGUGAGACAAUCCAAUACAGGCCGCACAGGCGUAGUACAGCCCGCAGAGAACGCCUUAGCUGCUCAAAUGAAAGAAGAGCUAUAUCGGGAUCUCACUGGUCUGAUAGUGCAAGGUGUCAAGCGGAGCGAGGAAGGCGAUACAUACAACUGUUACCAGACUGGCCGCAACGGCACGCUUCACUUCAAGUUGUUUAUCGAUGCCGAGGAAUCCAACACUGCGAAUUUCCUGCAAACCGAGUUCUUGUACACGCCUCUGUUAGAAGCUAGCCGAGAUGCAGAUAUGAUGGAAUGCAUGCCAUCAUACUUGACAGAGGAGAUCACAUUCGCCCGAGAAGACGCGUCCAAGUUCUACUGCCGUGUGUUGGAUACUCUGACCAAGCGGCGAGUUGAGGAGGCAUGA